UCAGUCUGGCGACGCCGCGCGUUGAUUGGGCCGGCGGCCUCCGGGGAGCGGGGGCAGCAAGUUGGGAUGCGCGCUACUUAAGGUCCAGCUGCGUGAGCCAUUGACGUGUUUGGAGCUGGAGACGGCCUGGGCGCUGGCGAAGCGGCCGCUCGAGUAAGAAAACUGUUAAGAUGCCCAUGGUAGCAAGGAGGCUGAGAGAUCCUGACAUAAACCCUUGCUUGUCGGAAUCUGAUGCUUCUACCAGAUGUAUGGAUGAAAAUAACUAUGACAGGGAACAGUGUUCCACUUACUUCUUGAAGUACAAAAACUGCCGGAAAUUCUGGAAUUCUAUCAUGGUCCAGAGAAGACAGAAUGGAGUGAAGCCAUCUAUGCCUACAGCAGCAGAAAGAGACGAGAUCCUGGGGGCAAUGGGAAAGAUGCCUUACUGACUGUUUGCAUUUAAAUUGUUUAUUUCAUUUAGAAAUAGAUGAAUAUUUUUAACGAAGAUUACUGUAAUCUUUUAACCCCUUUCAGGCCUUACCCAGACAGAUCUUAAAUUCCACAAGGGGAGAUAAAGUUAAGUUAGCCUUGCGUCCUUUGUGUUUGCUCUCACUGCCAUGAUGAUAGUCUGCCAGCACUGGCUGUGCCAUGCUGCUGAGUUCUCAUGACUUCCUGAAGGUAAGGGAGCAGUAGGAAAGGUGACGUGAGGAGUGGAGCUUUUCCACUGGGUAACAAGAAAAGGUAACAAGUAAACACUUACUGGCGGUGAAAGGUAGGUGGUGUUUCCAAGGAUGGGAAAUGAUGCGAGCAACAGCAUGGUGGAAAGAAAGCUUAACCUAACUUUGGUGAGUGGUCUGUAGACUGUUCCGCCUAGAGUUUGAGGUGGUUGGUGGAGUGGCAGAACAGACUGGGAAGGUAAGUUCAGGGUGGAUGUGUGGUGGGCCUCAAAUUUCAGUCCAAAGUAAGACCUUUGUGCUCAUUUCACUCCCUUGUCUUUGUUUAAAUAAGGGUAGUACGUUGACUGGGCAGGGAAGCAGGGGUGCAGGAGGGUUGUCUUAAAUAAAUGGACUGCCAAAGAACUGGUUUUCUUUUUUUUUCUUUCUUUCUUUCGGGAAAGGCUUUAGUUAAAGGAUUCUGUGACUAAAAUCUGUACAUACUGGAUAACCUGCAGGCAUAGUAUUCUUGAAGCACAGUAAUGCCAUAAAAGGGUGAUUCUCUUAGAAGGGGGGAUUUCUGUUUGCAAAAAGAGAUGGGCUAGGAAGGUUAUGAAGGUUCACAGGUGAACACACUGGGAUGAGACUAGAGCUCCACUUCAUUUUCUGCUAUAAACACAGGAAUGUUCAAUAUGGCAAUUGGGGUGGGUUGUGUGUCAGCUUUCAUACCCACCACUUUUUUAAAUCCAAUUUAUUUCGUUUACAGAACAGUUUUAGAACCUGUUAUUUAGUAAAAUUUACGUAUACUAAAAAAUCAAUGAAAACAAAUAGCUCAUGUCCCUUCUCUUUAUCUGGUGCUGGAUCAAGAGUAUUAUUUUAAAGGCUGCUGACAACAAACUAUCCAUCUCAUUGGUCUUAGUCCAAAACCCAGGUCAGAUGUUUUUAAGCCAUAUGACCCUGAUUGUUAAAUGUGAUUCCAUUUGAAUAAAAGGUGGAUUGUUUGAGAAA